UGCUGCUGAAGAGAGAGAAGGAGAAGAGAGAGAGGGAAGAGAAAGAGAGAGGAGAGAGAGGCAGAGAGAGCGAGUAAGGGCGAGCGAGAGAGGAGAGAGAGAGACUGCAACAGCAGCCGACAUGGAGCUUGAGCCUUUCCGGGGGACGGCGAGCAUCCUCUAAUCUGCCAGGGUCACGGUAGAAUACAUUGACACCUGAGACAACAGAGAACACUUCUAUAUCACCAUGAAGCACUGCUGACACCCCCCCCCCCCUCACCUGACUACCAGAGAGAAGACACUUUAUCACCAUGAAGCACUGCUGACAACCCCCCUCACCUGACUACCAGAGAGAAGACACUAUCUUCCUCCCAUCCUCUCUCCCACUCAGCCCAUCUUCACAAGGAUAAACGUUAUUUACGAGAGUGGGAAAGGUGAACGCCGGAGGAUAAAAUAGAAGAAAAGCUAAAGCCCUCUCUUGACCCUUGACCUCUAACCACUGACCUGUGACCUCAGUAUGUCAGGUCUGCGUGGUAAGCUGCAGCGUGUCCAGUGGCGGGCAGGAUGGCACACCUUCACCUCCAGAGUCCUCAGGACCAAACCAGUAGAGAGCAUGUUGGACUCUGGGACAGGUGGUACCAGCAGCCAUGGCACCAAACUAGCGAGGGUGUUGUCCACGGUAGACCUGGUGUCACUAGGGGUGGGCAGCUGCGUUGGCACGGGGAUGUACGUGGUCUCUGGGCUGGUUGCUAAGGAGAUGGCCGGACCUGGCGUCAUCGUCUCCUUCAUCAUCGCUGCUGUCGCCUCUAUACUGUCAGGAGUGUGUUAUGCUGAAUUUGGGGUUCGCGUUCCCAAGACAACAGGCUCAGCCUACACCUACAGCUACGUGACAGUGGGGGAGUGUGUGGCCUUUUUCAUUGGCUGGAACCUGAUCCUGGAGUACCUGAUUGGUACAGCCGCGGGGGCGUCGGCUCUCAGCAGCAUGGCGGACUCACUAGCCAAUAAAAGCAUCUCUACGUUUAUGACUACACACAUCGGAACACUCAACGGCCUGGGUAAAGGAGAGCAGUCGUACCCAGACCUCCUGGCCCUGCUGAUAGCAGUGAUAGUGACAGUGAUCGUGGCCCUGGGGGUGAAGAACUCAGUAGGGUUUAAUAAUGUGUUGAAUGUGAUCAACCUGAUGGUGUGGGUCUUCAUGAUGGUGGCCGGACUCUUCUUCGUUAACGGACACAACUGGGACGAUGGAAGGUUCUUACCCUUCGGGUGGUCAGGGGUGAUGCAGGGAGCGGCAACAUGUUUCUAUGCCUUCAUAGGGUUUGACAUCAUCGCUACAACAGGAGAGGAAGCCAAGAGCCCCAACACCUCUAUACCCUAUGCUAUUACUGUUUCCCUCAUCACCUGCCUUACUGCAUACGUCUCUGUAUCAGUGAUUCUGACUCUGAUGGUUCCCUAUACAGAGAUUGAUGCAGACGCUCCUCUGAUGGAGAUGUUUGCUGUACAUGGCUGUUAUUUUGCUAAGUACAUAGUAGCAGUAGGCUCUGUAGCUGGCCUGUCUGUCAGUCUCCUGGGCUCUCUGUUCCCCAUGCCACGAGUCAUCUACGCUAUGGCUGGAGACGGACUGCUGUUCAGGUUCCUGGCCCAUGUGUCUCCCUACACUGAGACUCCAGCGGUGGCAUGUGUUGUGUCUGGCUGUCUGGCUGCUCUCCUCUCUCUCCUCGUCUCCCUACGAGAUCUCAUAGAGAUGAUGUCCAUAGGAACACUACUGGCUUACACACUGGUUAGUGUGUGUGUGUUGUUGCUACGCUACCAGCCAGAAUCAGACAUCCACGGCUUUGUGAACUUCCUGUCUGAGGAGCAGUCCAAUAAGAAGAAGGAGGGCGUGUUAGCUGAGUGUGAGAAGGAAGUGUGUUCUCCAAUCAGUGAAGUAGAUGACUACGGAGGACCUCAAACUAACACCUGUGGAGCUAAGAAUCUCCCCUCGCUAGGAGACAACGAGAUGCUGAUUGGUAAACCAGAUAAAACCACUUACACUGCCAGCCACCCGAACUACGGCACCGUCGACAUGGGCUCCGGCAUCGAAUCAGAAGAGUCAGAGGGCGGGAUGUCGUGGAGGCUGAAGAAGCUGAUUGGUCCGCGGUACUACACCAUGAGGAUCCGAUUGGGCCUGCCUGGAAAGAUGGACCGGCCCACUCCGGCAACAGGAAAGACCGUUACUGUCUGUGUCCUCCUCCUCUUCCUCGUAGUCUUCAUCUUCAACUCCUUCAUCAUCUUCGGAGGGGCCAGCAUCGCUGAUGGCAGCUGGUGGGCUCUUCUCCUGCUGAUCUUCCUGGUCAUCUUCAUGGCCCUCCUCAUCGUCAUCAUCCUGCAGCAGCCAGAGAACCCGAAGCGACUGCCCUACAUGGCUCCGGCUGUUCCCUGGGUUCCUGCUGCUGCCAUGCUGGUCAACAGCUACCUGAUGUUAAAACUGUCUGCCAUCACCUGGAUACGCUUCGCUGUCUGGUGUUUCCUAGGUAUCCUGAUCUACUUUGGUUAUGGGAUGUGGAACAGUACUUUGGAGAUCAGGUCCAGGGAGCAGGAGGUCCAUGCGUCUACAUACCAGCGCUACGAUGGUCACCAUGCCGGGGUGGACGACGGCUUCUCAGGCUUCAGCGUUGAUGACGACCUCUACCCCCCUAGCAACAACGACCCCUGGGCCGCACCAGAUGGUGUCGACGGGUCAGGGCUGGUACCCCCCAAGGCUGAUGAUAAUGAUUGGACGGUUCCGAAGGGAGGAGCUAAGAGAGCCCUAGCGGAGGAGGACCCAAUGGAUUUCUGAGAAGAAAGGAAUGAUGGACGGAUGGACGGAUGUUUCCGAGAGGAUUGAUAGAUGUUACUGUUGUUAACAACUGAAUGUACUGCCUACUGCCGGCUGCCUGCCUGCCGGGUGUGUGUGUGUUGUGUGUGUGUGUGUGUCUGUGUGUGUGUGUCUGUGUGAAUGUUUGUGUGGGUCCCUUGUUACUUAUUUAAAAACAUAAUUUUUUCAUUGAAUUACAAAGGAAGUAUGAUCCUAUGGAGGAAAGCUGUAGACUACCAAUCAGAAACAGUGGGCGGGGUCUUUGGGUUGAUUUGGUGAUGGGCAUACAGUGAAGGUAUUUUCCUCUCACUAUAGACAGUCCAGAGUGAUGACAGACUGGGAGCGACGAGUCAGCAUUUCCUGGUUCGCCACACUCACAGGAAGUUGUCAGAGCGCUGAUCCGAGGUCACUUCCUAUCACUGGUGCAGGUGUCUCUGCUGCUUCUCUCAUCUCACAGAGAGGAAACUAGCUACACACACACACAGACACACUUAGACACACACCCGCCUCUCCAGUCUCUAUCUGGGAAGGAGGGGGGCUGAUGGGGUUUUGUGUCACAUUGUAAUUGGACUUUGCUUGCAAUAGUGCCUUCAUCUGUGUGUGCAUGCGUGUGUGUGUUUUUCUUUUGGCUGUGUGUGUGUGCAUGCGUGCGUGCGUGUGUACGCUUUUACACCUUGUAUCUAUGUCCCCUUCAGGGUCUUACCAGUGGAGUGUGUUUGUGACUUAUUUUGCUCCAUCCCACUCUCUAUGAAUCCCCCCCCAUUCCAUCCCCCCACAAGCCCCUGUUGCUGCGUUACUAGAGCUCAGAAUGGAAAGGUUCUAAAUGACAGAUUUGUUCUAAACAGAGUUAUGGACGCCACCCUGCUAUGCAGGUGUGCUAAAUCUCCAAAUGAAUGCUACUAUAUUAGAAAUAAGACGAGAUGAGAAUUGCUCUCACAUCAGACAAAUAUCUCUGAGUGUUUAGUCACAUAGAACCCUCUAAUUCUAUGAUCUCCGCCCCCUUGGGGAAGCCUUACUUGUCAAAUGCACUAAACUAAAGAUGCCACGCGACCCCUCCUACUCUCCACGACCCCUAACUGCUGACCUCUAUCCCUAACCACACUACCCAGGGUUCUCUCUGCUCUUCAGGGGUGGGCUCGCUUGUGUUGUCCAGUGAAACACACACACACACAAACACACACACACACUCACACACACACGCACGCGCGCACACACACACACACACACACACACACACACACACACACACACACACACACACACACACACACAGUUCAGCUGAACCCAAAACCAGAAAGGGGCUUCAGUAGGUACUCUGUGCUCCAUAGUUGUACUGUAAAUAUUAUGUCUCUGUGUGUGUGAGCGUGUGCACGCGUGUAUGUGUGUGUGUGUGCACGUGUGUGCGUGUGUGUGCGUGUGUGUGUGUGUGUGUUCCAUGCCUGUGGCUAUGUAACGUGGCUGGCUGGUGAAUGUGAUAGCAUGCUAAUGUGUAUAGCAUGGAUGUAGAUGUUGUAUUUGCAUGUGGUGACCGACGGCUAAGAGACAUUAUAGAACUAACAACACCCUACUCCAAGCUGACCCCCCCUAUAGGGUGAAGGGGACUGGUCGGGGACUGGUCGAUCUGGAACUGGGGUAUGAUAUGUAGCAAAUUUAGUAGAUGGUGGUUCUUUGGUUUCAUCUCCACCCCUCACAACCACUAACUCCACCCCCUGUGUUUACAAAGCAAGCCAAAGUCCACAACAUUUGUUAACUUUGUAGAGAACAAAACAACCAUGAGAAUCCAGUAGACCAUAGACCUUUACAAUAGAUUGAAGUCACUCACUGUAUAUUCGAGGGUUACACCGUAACCCUGUACGUUCUGCUUAUAAAUGGUUCAUAAUCACUACAACAGGGUUUGUUUAGGUCAAACUCAAUUAUGAAUGUUAACUAUUCAUUAAGGAUCCACCUGGAACCAAAUAUAAAAAGACCCAAAUAAUGUAAUUUUUCUAUUGAUGCAGUUUACUAAGGGUUAACUACAUAUUUAAUAAUGUUUAGAAGACAUUUUUAAGCAGAAUUCAAGUUUUACUGAAACCACUUGGUAGAGUAGACACAUGCAAUUACAUUCACUAGCUAGAGUAAAUACAUACAGUUACAUUCACUAGCUAGAGUAAAUACAUACAGUUACAUUCACUAGCUAGAGUAAAUACAUACAGUUACAUUCACUAGCUAGAGUAAAUACAUACAGUUACAUUCAUACAGUUACAUUCAUACAGUUACAUUCACUAGCUAGAGUAAAUACAUACAGUUACAUUCAUUAGCUAGAGUAAAUACAUACAGUUACAUUCACUAGCUAGAGUAAAUACAAUACAUACAGUUACAUUCACUAGCUAGAGUAAAUACAUACAGUUACAUUCACUAGCUAGAGUAAAUACAUACAGUUACAUUCAUACAGUUACAUUCACUAGCUAGAGUAAAUACAUAGUUACAUUCACUAGCUAGAGUAAAUACAUACAGUUACAUUCACUAGCUAGAGUAAAUACAUACAGUUACAUUCACUAGCUAGAGUAAAUACAUACAGUUACAUUCACUAGCUAGAGUAAAUACAUACAGUUACAUUCAUACAGUUACAUUCAUACAGUUACAUUCACUAGCUAGAGUAAAU